UAGGUUCUGAGAGCGAACUGAACAGGGUCGAGUACUUAGGGCGCAUGCGGAACCUUCUCUUAGCUCUCGCGAGGUUUCGUCUUCCCGGAAGCCCUGGAGGACCUUCCCGGUUAACUGCGUUAAGAUGUGUGGGGACUGUGUCGAGAAGGAAUAUCCCAAUCGGGGUAACAUCUGCCUCGAGAAUGGAUCUUUCUUGCUGAACUUUACAGGCUGUGCGGUGUGCGGGAAGCGGGAUUUUAUGCUGAUCACAAACAAGUCUCUGAAAGAGGAAGAUGGAGAAGAAAUAGUUACCUAUGAUCAUCUGUGUAAGAAUUGUCAUCAUGUAGUUGCCAGGCAUGAAUAUACGUUCAGUAUCAUGGAUGAAUUUCAGGAGUACACCAUGCUGUGUUUGUUAUGUGGCAAAGCUGAAGAUACUAUCAGCAUUCUCCCUGAUGACCCCCGGCAGAUGACCCUGCUAUUCUGACCACCCUCUGCAGUUCUGUUGUAACUCUGUUGUGUUGGUUUACAAUACAGCAAGCCUGAUGGCUUCUCUUCUUAGUUUGUAAUGGAAAUUAUUUGCAUAUUUUUUUUCUGUCUGUAUUUACCUAUUCUUCUAAAGAAAAGAAGUGAUUUAGGGGAUUGCUGUUCUCCAGAGCGGAGAGUUCUAAGUUCCUAGUUCACAUCAGUGCAGCCAGAGUGGGAGUACACUUAGUGCCCAGAUCUCGGUCCCAGUAAAAGGAACCAAGGGUUCCUUGGAGCAAUGACUUAUUCUAGGACGGGGGCUGUAAAUGUACAAGACGGACUUGUACAAGAUGGAGCAUCUUGCACCACAGGAAAAGGAAGUGCUUAGAAAAACCGCAAUGAUGGGGCAUGUCAGAAGGACAGAAGAGCCACCUGGAGGAGCUCCCAGUGACCACAGCUGGGACAAUCUGAAUAAAAAAUUAAAUAGCAUUGGAUUAUAACCCGAACUAUGAAAUAAAUAUUCAUGAGUCCAUAUGGAUAUAAACAAAUGAUUGAAUAAAUACAUACAUAAAAUAGAAUAGGCAAAUCUCCCAUACAGAAGAUUUUCAAAUAACAUGCAGAUAUUCCCCAUUCCUUAACUGUGGGUUGUGUGUCGUGACUUCCUUCCAGAGUAUAGUAUAGAAAGUGGGGACAGACCCUGGCCAAGAGCAAGAUUAGCAUCAAAGGGCAUAAGUGAUGUAAUAGCAUGUGUCCUUGAUGUGUUGUGAUGAGAAUGGCACUUUACCUUGGUGCCAUUCUUCCCCAAAACCCGUCACCCCAGUCUAAUCAUGAGAAAUAGAUGAUACAGAUCCCGUCCAGUUAAGGGGCAUUCACAAAGUACCUGACUGGAGCUCCGGAGAACCAUCACGUUGCCCAAGACAAGGAAUUCUGAGCACGCUCACAGCCA